AUGACGGAGAGGAAUAAGAAGGUAGACGCGACGAGGGGGAAGGGAAUAUCUAACAAACUUAUGGAGGUUAUUCACGAAAUAAAGAAACUUGACAUGGACAUCGUCGCACUUUCGGAAACGAAGAAGAAGGGGAGCGGUAAUAUAGCUAUAAAUGACUACGUUCUUAUAUGGUCGGGGAUUCCCAAAGUAGAACGGGCCAAAGCGGGCGUUGCACUAUUGGUUAAGAGGAAAUGGGUGAAAUAUAUCAAAGAUAUUCAAUACGUGAACGAACAAUGUCUGGUUGUUAAAAUUGAACUCUAUGGAAGAGUCGCCAGCAUACUGGCAGUGUACGCACCGACGGAGGACAGCCCGGAGCAAGUAAAAACAGAAUUCUAUGAGGAAUUGACAUCGCUAAUCCAGAAUAUUCCCAAUAGGCAACAAAUCAUUGUGGCAGGAGAUAUGAACGCUAGAGUUGGUAGCCGAGUUGGCGAUGAGGUGGGUAGAUAUGGCGAAGUGGUGGUUAACUCCAAUAGAGGGAAAUUGAUAGAGUUUUGUAAGCAGCACGACCUACAAAUAACCAACUCUCACUUUAAUCACAAAAAGAUUCAUAGAUUUACGUGGGAAAAAGCGUCGAAGUCAAUUAUCGAUUACGUUAAUCAGAAGAUAAGGGCUGAGGAAGAGGACGGCGCGAUGGGGAAAAUCGAAUUACCGAAGUAUAAGACGUAUCUACUUCAACAGGACAGCAUCAGGGAACUGUAUGAGCGAAGGCUGAACGGAUACUUACAGACCAACCACGGGAGCGCACAGGGCGAGGAAAUGGAUAUAGAGAAUGAUCACGAGUACAUUCUGAAAGCGGUACACCAAGCUGCGCGGGAGGUGAUGGGAACUGUGGAACAACAAAGGAAACCCAGUCAAGGAUGGUGGUCCGAAGAAAUGGCCAAUGCAGUAAAGGAAAAGGAGAGGGCAUAUAACAGUUGGCUGAGUCACAGAACAGCAGAGAGUGGAACACAAUCCACAGAGGUCUGGCGAUUUUUAAGGAACUUAAAAACAAAUACUAAAAACAAAUUAAAUCUAAUAACACUAAACGAACAAGCAAAUUAUUAUGAGAAGCUGCUAACAGAAACUAGACCACAGUUCACCAGUGGAGUAGUCAAGAUUGAGGCGACAAAUAGC